AUGCGCGACCCGGAGGUCCUGCGCUUCACUUUCCUCGCCUCACCUACCCAGGCCCAGGCGUUGAGGGAAGUGGGAGCCCGUCAGUCUCCAGAGGAGGCCUGUGAAGUGAACCGAAUCGCUGCUGCAGCUCUAAAAGCCAGGUUCUUUGAUUUGGUGAUGUUCAGAGAUGUAACUGUAGACUUUUCUCAGGAAGAGUGGGAAUGUCUGAACUCAAAUCAGAGGAAUUUGUACAGAGAUGUGAUAUUAGAGAACUAUAGCAACCUGGUGUCACUGGGAGGAUGUUCCGUUUCUAAACCAGAUGUAAUUACUCUGUUAGAGCAAGGGAAAGAACCCUGGAUGGUUGUGAGGGAUGAGAAAAGAAGAUGGAGCCUAGAUUUGGAAUCCAGAUAUGGCACUAAAAAGUUAUUUGAAGUAAAGGAUGUUUGUGAAAUGAAUGUAUCUCAGUGGGAGAUAAUGGAAAGAAUUAGAAGUUGUGGCCUUGAAGAUUCCUUUUUCAGGAAAGAUUGUGAAUAUAAAAAGUUUGAGGGACAAGAGGGUCCUCAGGAGGCAUAUUUCAGGCAAGUGAAAAAAACCACCUCUGAAAAAAUGCCCAAGAACAAAAAACGCACAUCUCUUACUCUGUAUCAGAGAAUUCACAAUAGAGAGAAACCCUAUGAAUGUGGGGAUUGUGGGAAGGCUUUUAGAGUACGCCAGCAACUCACUUUCCAUCAGAGAAUUCAUACUGGUGAGAAACCCUAUGAAUGUAAAGAAUGUGGAAAAGCCUUUAGACAGUGUGCCCACCUUAGUCGACAUCAGAGAAUUCAUGCUUCUGACAAACUCCUUGAAUGUAAAAGAUGUGGAAAAAUCUUUACAUGUGGUGCAGAUCUUCGUGUACAUCAGAGAAUUCAUGUUGGUGAGAAGCCCUAUGACUGUAAGGAAUGUGGGAAGGCCUUUAGAGUGCGAGGACAACUUAAUCUCCAUCAAAGGAUUCAUACUGGUGAGAAACCCUAUGAAUGUAAGGAAUGUGGGAAGACCUUUAGACAAUAUGCACACCUUACUCGACAUCAAAGACUUAAUAUUGCUGAGAAAUGCUAUGAAUGUAGGGAAUGUGGGCAGGCUUUUCUGUGUAGUACAGGCCUUAGAGUACAUCACAAACUUCAUACUGGUGAGAAACCCUAUGACUGUAAGGAGUGUGGGAAGGCCUUUAGAGUGCGGCAACAACUUACUCUCCAUCAGAGAAUUCAUACUGGCGAGAAACCCUAUGAUUGUAAGGAAUGUGGGAAGACCUUUAGUCGUGCCUAUCAUCUAACUCUCCAUCAGAGAAUUCAUACUGGUGAGAAACCUUAUGAAUGUAAGGAAUGUCAGAAGUUCUUUCGUCGUUACUCAGAACUUAUUUCACAUCAGGGUAUUCAUAUUGGAGAGAAACCCUAUGAUUGUAAGGAAUGUGGGAAGGCCUUCAGACUGUUCUCACAACUUACUCAACAUCAGAGUAUUCAUUUUGGUGAGAAACCUUAUAAAUGUAAGGAAUGUGAGAAGACUUUUAGACUGCUCUCCCAACUUACUCAACAUCAAAGUAUUCAUACUGGUGAGAAACCCUAUGACUGUAAGGAAUGUGGAAAGGCCUUUAGACUACAUUCAUCACUUAUUCAACAUCAGAGAAUUCAUUCUGGUGAGAAACCAUACAAAUGUAAGGAAUGUAAGAAGGCAUUUAGACAACAUUCACAUCUUACUUACCAUCAGCGAGUUCAUAAGGUCACUAAAUAA